AUGAAGAGAGAUGUUGCAGAUUUUAUGUCUAAGUGUGGGAAUUGUCCGCAAGGGAAGUAUGAGCACCAGAGACCUAGUGGUUUGACUAAGUCUGCUAAUUUCAUUCCAGUUCAGGUCACUAAUACUGCGGAGAGUUUAGGCAGGAUCUAUGUUCGUGAUAUUUUCUUUCUCCUAGCGGAGUUUGCGUACAACAAUAGCUACCAUUCAAGUUUUGAUAUGGCUCCGUUCGAGGCCUUGUAUAGUAGGAGAUGUUCUUCUCCUAUUAGAUGGUUUGAUGCAUUUGAGGUUCGCCCGUGGGGCACAGAUUUGUUGAGAGAGUCCAUGGAUAGGGUGAAGCUUAUUCAGGAAAAGCUUCUAGCAGCUUAG